AUGUUAUCAACUAGUGGAAGAUGUUGCAGUGGUCUGUUGCAGUAUGGGGAUUACUGCGUAAAUAGUUACAUUUAUACCACUGUAGCAGCAACAGGAGGUACUAAGUUCUUCUACUGUGACAGAGAUAGCUCCAAUAACUGCAAUCCCUCUAAUUCCUAUACAAUUUACAUGUCAGAUGAUAUCAACAGCGUAUCACCAACUAUUUCAACAUAUAAAACAUGCACCUAUACCUUUUCAACUACUGAUAUAGCCGCUUCUAAGGAUGUCGAUACUUAGGUUGAAAAUUAUAUGAAUUCAUUGGGAUAAGUUUAUAUAAAUUCAGCAACAGCAACAGAUACUACAUUGAAGAUAUACCUCAUAGAUAAAGAUUAGAAAGCUACUUUAUAUAAGCUUAAAGAUGUUAUAGAUGUGAAUGUACUUAGUGUACUUGUAAUUAUAAGUAUCUCAGGAUCUUCUCAACUUUACACUAUUACAUAUGGAAAUGAUGUCUACAAAGCGCUAUAUGGAGUUUCUAGAGGAGGAACAACUUAUGCUUCUAUGCUUAUAACCAAUAUUGCUUGUAUAAUUAUCUUGAUAAGUUUAAUCUUAAUUUAAUGA